AAAAAGAUACGAGCAAAACCGAACAUAGUGUCCACUUUUCUGCAGCGGCAAUCAAUGCGUUAUCACGUUCCUCAACUGCUCCCUUUCAUCAUCCAGAGACCGGAGACUUCGUGCCUUGGAGGAGAAGCCACCGUCGAAGCUUCCAGAACAACCACGAAAUGAGCGGCUGGCCUUCUUCCCCUGUAUAAAUUACAGAUCCCCGGAAAGGCUUCCCAUCAGAAAGUCAAGAAAAGAAACAAGGGAAGCAAAAAGACUUUCACCAGGGCACACGCGCACGAGAGAAAAGAUGGCUGUCGAGAUACCCAAAGAGUAUGGUUUCGUCGUCCUCGUUCUGGUCCUCUAUUCCUUCUUCAAUUUCUGGAUGGCCUUCCAAGUUGGCAUGGCCAGGAAAAGGUAUAAGGUCCCCUACCCAACCCUCUACGCUAUCGAAUCAGAGAACAAGGAUGCUAAGCUCUUCAACUGCGUUCAGCGAGGGCAUCAGAACUCGCUUGAGGUGAUGCCCAUCUUCUUUGUCCUCCUCUUGUUGGGAGGCGUUCGACAUCCUCUGGUCGCCGCCGGCUUGGGGUUCGUCUACAUCGUGGCUCGCUACUUCUACUUUACCGGUUACUCGAGUGGAGACCCCGCCAAGAGAUUGACACUCGGGAAGUACAACAUGUUCGCUCUUUUGGGUCUCUUAGGGUGCACGAUUUCCUUUGCUGUCAGCCUUAUUCGCGGAUGAAGACGAAUACAUGACAGAUUGGUCGUUUGCCGUCGUUUCCUUUGUUGUACCACUUGAGUGUUUGGAGUGAGAUUGCUGUUCUGCUCUUCCAUGAACUAAAAGAAGGAUGCUUGCCUAUCGAAAUCUGUAGUUCGAAUGCAAUGUAUCAUCUACAGGCAAUAUCUGAUUGGAACUCUUUUUUCUGGAAAGAAAUGGUUCACAUUUGGUGGUUUGGUA